CAGGUCUGCUUCACCAUACCAUGGUUUUAUGAUUAUGAACAGACUGAGCCUUCAUAACCUAACUGAACCAAUCACCAAGGAUUUAGACUACACACUCCAAGAACCUUUCUUACUCUACAAGACUGCCAAAGCGAUCUGUGGGAUCUGGUUUUACAACAGGAAUGAUUGCAUUAGAUUUGCAGAGUUGAUUCAAAGAUUACUGGCCAAAAUUCGACAGGAAGAGAAAGUCAUUGCACCAAGCAUGACUGCAGCCACAGAUAUCAUGUCAAUGCUUAGCAAAGCACAGCAUGAAUAUAAGCAAGGUACUAAGAAAAAGAGGAGUGUAUCAGAGAGUGGUCCGUCUCCUAUUGGACCUGGUGGUGAUGGUGGUGGUGGAGGUGGAGCUGGAGUCAUCAGACCGAUCCCUGUUAAGGUUUCGCCAGGUCAUGUGUCUAAAACAGAAGAUCAGAUGUCAGCGCGAGGUGGUGCUAAACCCAAAACCAGUCCGAUGGGUCCAAGGUUUCAGAGAUCUGUCAGUAUGCAAGAUACAAGAACCAUGGCUGCCACAACUACAUCUAGUGUAACAACCACUGCUGGCCAGGGUGAUGGUAGCAAGGUGAUUCCAGUCCUCCAGAGAUUAAUGUCACAAGGCACAGAAGAAAGACCUGUCAUCACAGAGAAAGGGCAGAUACACACAUUAGAGAGUCUGGAGAAAAUGCACACAAUCUUACCAACAGAGGGCAGUAGUACUCCUGCAGGCAAAAAACCUGAAGUACAAAGUCUAGAGAGCAUAGAGAGCUUACAUAUACCUUCUGGAGGAGCUAGCGACAAGAGACCUUCAGCCGCAGCUGCUGGUACAGCUGGGGCGCCCUCUAGUGCUGAAUCAUCACAUCACCUUCAAAGACUUCUCCAGCGCCUCCAGAGUGGCACAGACACCGCUCAAGCUCAGGGACUGAUAGGGGCUGCACCAUCAAGCACCUCAGCUGAACCAUCACCACAGAAAGAGGUACCAGAGAAGGUACCCUCACCAUCACAACAGACUGAUAUGAAUCAAGCAUUGUUAGAUAAGCUGAAGAGUGGGACAGCAGUGGCAUUACCAGUGAACCUUUUAAAACCAUCUAGUGCUACCCUGACACCGAACCUCUUAGUAUCACAGUCUGCAAGUGGUACCGCAGAUCCCAGUAGAGCACCACCUGCUAUGAAACAGCUCUUCCCUGCUCCAAAAGAAGCAAGAAAGACCCCUUCACCGCCAACCACCAUACAAGGUGUACCAUCCAACCUCCUUACACCAGAACUCCUAAGAACACGUUUAACCAGCGAGUCAGCUCUAAUCUCACCCCUUAAACUCAGUGGUUCAGUCCAGGCUGGCCAGAGUCAACCUGUAGGCAAGAGGGGUCCAACAACUCCACUCACCAAGGAGCAGUUGGCUGACACAUUAGUUCAUCUCUUGAGGACUGAUGAUGACUUCUUGAGCAAGAUUCAUUCUGCAUACACCCACUCUCUUCAACGUCUACCCCCUUAAGAUGACCUUUGCUUGGAUCCAGAUGAUCUCUUCUCACUAUCAUAAUAUCCAGCAAACAGUCCAUGGAAUCCUAUGGACGAUAAACGCCCUUUGCAUCUUAUGUGAAUGCAUCCCAUAGCGCAAUCACUGUGUUGCAUAGGAAGUGAGGUACUUAAUUACCUUAAUGUCUCAUGAAUAAUGCAUUGCAUUUUGCAAAGCACUAACCUUUACAGCCAAUACUUGCUGAUUGUUUGCUGUUAUUGAUGAUAAUAUAAAUGAGGACAAUGAUUUGGAAAACUUCAAAUGAGAAAGAAUUCAAAAGAUGGAGAAAAAAAAUGAUAGACUUUGGGGGCCCUCAGCAUGAUUGCAAACUUUCUGUUUUGAUUCAUCCAAAGUUCAUCAUUAGUAUUGAGUUAUGUCUUCUCAAUAAUGAGUGAUGACAAGGACAAAGCUAGUGGUGGUACUGGUUUUCAUUAUUGUUACUCAGUUUUAAGCUAUCAAUAACAUGAUUGUUAAUCCACGUUAUAAGUUGAAUUCCACAUACAGUCAUUGCUGGUUAUAGGUGAGGCAGCCUGAUUCAUGCUCUCUAAACCCAACACAAGCACCACAUUCGAUCACCCAUUGUGAUAUUACUAAUUUAACUAUUUUAGAUCACUAUUGAAGGUAACCUAUUGACUACAGAAGUUCACAUAAGGAUUUUUAGCAAAAAAAUAAGAGCAGUAUAAUACUCCUAUACCCUCCUGAAUCCAUCCCUGUUAUCUAGGCCUAAUUAGUUUUCCUUCUCAAAUGAACAGGUAUAUGUUUGAAAUCAUGACACAAGUUUCUUUUUAUAGCUCUACAGAUGUUACAUACAGACCUUUAUUGUGUGUAAUGUUGUUUGCAAUUCUAGCAUUUCAGACAAUACCUACUGAAAUUGUCAUUGUCCUUGAUACUUCAUAUGUAAUGCUAUGAUAGUGCUUCCAAGAAAUUAAAAAGUUUAUUAUAAUUUGUA